UGUGGAGGAAAGGCGGUGAGAAGAGAUGGGGUGGAGUGAAGGGAGCAGAGCCAAGGAUGGAAAUCGGCUGCAGAAAUGAAGCCAAAUUCCUCCCUUGCCCUCCAUCUGCACUGGCUCCAGGGGCCCUUUGCUCUCAGUGGUGAUGCCUGACUGGCAGGGGCACAGAGGGGACUUUUCUCCUGCGGGGUUCAACAGCCCCUGAGACCUGUCUUGGCCAGUGCUAGAAGAAAGUGGCUGGAGAUUGAGCUGGGCAUUGGGCAAUGCAGUGUGCAAGCUGCCAAGGUGUCCCACAGCACACCAGUACCCCAAGAGAUGGAUAACCACAGCGUUUCCAUCUUGUGUGCUGAAUCCUAUCCAUGCCAGGCUGUGUGCUGGGAUCACAGGGCAGCAAAACACCAGCAGGUUGAACUCUCCAGCCUUGCUUGUCCUCUGCGGGGUUUGUUAUUGUAAGACUCCUGGCCCAAAUGAGGAGCAAAUGGGGACGGUAAUGAGGGCUGUUGCUCGUGCCAUGCCCCCUCCAGCUCCCCGGCUGCUGCAGAUGGACAGGGGCAGGGAGGGCCCCUGGUGAUAAAUUGUGCUCAGAGCCAAGCCGAUCCUGGCCAAUGUUUGGACACUGCUGGCAGAGCUACAGCAGGGACCAUUUGCUAUUUUCUUUCCUUGUCUCAAACUGAAACUCUCCCAGGAUCGGGGGAUGACCUGCCUGCAAGUGGCACCUCGUAUCAAGUGCCCAGUCAGGAGCAGCAGGAGGGGUGGGAUGCAUAGAGGUAUGACCCUUGCAUCCUCCUACUGAGAAUCUUUCCUCCACCUCCUGAUACUAUCUGCAUCCCAAAGAGCCUAGGGAGAGCCAGGCAGGCAGAGAUCACUGGCAAACAUUGCAGCAGCAAAUUACAGAAUCAUAGAAUUAUUUGGGCUAGAAAAUACCUUCAAAGACCAUCUAAUCCAACUGCCUUGCUGUGGGCAUGGACAUCACUUUAGCAGAUCAUACUGAACUGUUCUGCUGGGAGGGGACAGCCAGCUCUGGGUGGGUUGUGUCAACUCAGCAGAGUUUGCCACUGCUUUUGGUUGCCAGCUUCGUGCUGCAGCUGUGCCCAGCCCUGCAAGGCUAAAUCCCGGGGAGAAGCUGCCUUGCGUCUGUGUCCUGCUCACCUUGGGGCUGGUCCUGCAGCCAGCCUUGGGGAUACAACAGCCAUUAUACAAUAUACAUUAUAGACAGUACCUCUCUGCUGUAGGAAUAGAACCUGGGACCUCCCUGAGGGACCUAAGCAGGGACAUGUGUGCCUGAGCAGGACCGCUGCAAUCCCCUGGCACCUAUCUUCACCCUGUCCUCUCUUGAGCAUCCUUUCUAUCACCUUCUGGUUCAUCUGUGUUUGCUUCUGCUGCAGCCCAUCACACUGUCACCAUCAUGCCAUCCUCAUCCCCUGCCCAUCGUGAUGCCCAAGCACUCCUUAUCAUUUCCCCAAAUCCCCUCUCCCUUAUGCAAAUGGCUACUAAGAACACUUAAUCAUCCUUGUUAAUUGUCUUUGCCCUACCCUGUUUCCCCCCACACCCCCCCUGAGCCCUCCUGGGGACUUUCUCACAAAUGGUGUCUAACUUUUCCCUUCUGUGUUUUGCUUUUCCACAACACCCUGCUUCCAGUCCCCCCCAGCCCUCUGUUUACACAACUGGGACAAAUUUCACACCCUGGGGACUGCUACCCCUGAGCCCCCAGUCCAACACUCUCCUGCCACAAAGAAUUUGUGAGUCACUGGUGAGGGCAGAGCUAUAUAUAAAGCUAUCCUCACAAAGGACCUGCAGCCUUGGAAGGGACACCGUUGCCAGCAUGGAAGCUGCUGCCUGUUGCCUGCCUCUCCGCCAGCUCCUGUUGCCCACAGCUGGUGCCUGCCCAGCCCCAGGGCUGCAGCAGAGGGGAAGACCCAAGCCACUCUGGAGACCAUGGCUGCCCCAGGAGGAAUACACAACCAGGCGACAGAGGGAACAGAUGGACACUGCUCAGCCUCUCGAUGCUUCAGGAGACCACAGCAGCGACAAAGCGCUAGCACUGUUCCGCCACCCGGUCAGGCUCCUGUGGCCCAAAUCCAGGUGCUUUGACUAUCUGUACAGCGUGGGGGAGAAGCUGCUGGAGAACUUCCCGGUGCAGGCCACGCUCUGCCUCUACGAUGACUCAGACAGCGAGGGGGACGAGACCGAAGAUGACGAUGAGGAUGGGGAUGAGGGGAACGAAGGCGAGGCCGGAGGUGCUGUGCCCGCGGUAGGGGCAGGCCCCCCGCGGCCGGCCUGAGAGCAGCACACGUGGCACAGGGAUGGAGGAUAACCGAGGCGCAGGGCAGCGCGGGGCCCUCGUGCCGCGGGGCAGAGUGAGCCCGGUCCGGCCGCUCGAG